CCAAGCCGAAAUGAACCACAUUCUACGACCACUUCUGGACGAAUGCGUGGUGGUGUACUUGGACGACAUACUCAUCUACUCGCGCGACAUGAAGCAGCACGUCGAACACCUGCGACGCGUCUUCGAAAUUCUUCGACGAGAACGAUUUUACGUCAAACUGUCCAAGAGCGAAUUCGCCCUGGAGAAGGUCCAAUUUCUAGGCCACCUGGUGAGCGCUCAAGGAGUUCACGUCGACCCCAAGAAAAUCGAAGCCGUACGUACGUGGAAGACACCCGAGAACGUGAAGGAGUUGCAGCAGUUCCUAGGCUUCGCUAAUUACUACAACAGGUUCGUGCCACAGUAUGCGAAACUCGCGGCACCACUCACGAAUCUGCUGAAGAAGAACACGCCCUACAAAUGGGAGACGAAGCACCAGGAAGCCGUGGAGCAGCUGAAACAAGCACUAACGUCCGCACCGGUGCUCAUCUUGCCAGAUCCCGAACGCGACUACGUAAUCGAAGCUGACGCCAGCGACCAGGCAGUGGGAGCAGUCUUAAUGCAAGACCAGGGGAAUGGGCUGCAACCAAUUGCCUACCUCAGCAAGAAACUGCACGGGGCAGAACUCAACUACCCGAUACACGACAAAGAGGCUCUUGCUAUCGUCAUCGCCUUCAAAGCGUGGAGAUGCUAUCUCGAAGGACGAAGAACGACCGUCUACACCGACCACUGCAGCCUGAAAUAUUUGAAGACACAACCCAACCUUUCCAGGCGGCAGGUCCGGUGGAUCGACUUCCUCGAGACACACUUCCACUACGACAUCGUGUACAAGCCCGGCCACAAGAACAAAGCAGACGCUCUCAGCCGGCCUGCACACCUUUGGGAUCCUGGUGACAUUUACGACCCAGCUGUCCCUGACUCCCCUGCUCACUCUGCCUCAUCGCACCAGCAGCAGCAGCAGCAGCAGCAGCAGCAGCAGCAGCAGCAGCAGCAGCAGCAGCAGCAGCAGCAGCAGCAGCAGCAGCAGCAGCAGCAGCAGCAGCAGCAGCAGCAGCAGCAGCAGCAGCAGCAGCAGCAGCAGCAGCAGCAGCAGAAGGAGCAGCAGCAGCAGCAGCAACAGCAGCAGCAGCAGGUGCAGCAGCAGCAGCGGAUGGAGCAGCAGCAGCAGCAGCAGCAGCAGGAGGUGCAGCAGCGGAUGGAGCAGCAGCAGCAGCAGCAGCAGCAACCGCAGGCAGUGCAGCAACAGCAGCCGCAGCAGGAGGUGCAGCAGCAGCACCAGCAGCAGCCACAGCAGCAGCAGCAGCAGCAGCAGCAGCCACUGCAGCAACCUCAUCGGCAUCGCCGCACCACCUCUCCAUGUGCUUGGAUUGUGCAUGACAUCGAGCACAUUCCAAUGAGCCAAGAAUUGUUGGAAUCGGAGCACAUAUGAAGAAGUUACGAAGAAAUGUUUGAUGGAUUU